AUAGAUAUGUAGGGAAUUGUCUCCCAUCCCUUACUGAGCAGCUCUCACUCCCACCUCCCAAGCCCCCGGGACCAUUGGUUUGUAGCCGGAGCAGGGAACUCUGGGAACUUCCGCACAGGAGCCAAUGGGAAUGUGGGAGGAAGCGAGUGACCCAGUGAUGGGGAAGAAGGAUAAAAAUGAGGAGCGGAAGGAGAGAAUCCUGAAUCUCACACUGGAGAUUAUCUAUCUGCUGACUGGAGAGGGCUACGUCAUCCCUAAGAAGAAGAGCCCAACUGUGGGUUUGGGGGCCCUGCAUGCCCCUGGCUCCGUCAUACAGAAGGAAAAUGACAAGAAGAUCCUGGAACUCAUCUCCAACAUCAUCCAGCUGCUGACUGGAGAGGAGUGGGAGUAUAUAAAAGGAAACAAGGACAUUCGCAGGAAAGGGAUAAAGGAGGAGGAGGAGACCCAGCAGCUCUGCCCACUGGGUGAGUAA